AUGCAAUUGAGAGGUGAUGAAGAAGAUGUUGAAAUUGAUAAAAGAUCGAAAAGUGUUGUUAUGAAAUCGAGAGAUGAUGAAGAAGUUGUUGAAAUCGAUGAGUUUUGCACCUGUGUGAUUUUUAUGAGAAUGUGUCACGAUCCUGGAGGUAAAAAAAAUCUUGUUAACAAUGUCAAGGCAACUUUCCCAAAUUGUGAUCCUAGCAAUCAGUCACAACUGCAUGAAACUGUAUCAGAAAGCUUAGUUUUGGGAGAACAACUAGGCUGGCUAGAUGAUCUGUUAGGUGAUUAUGAACCAGGUUUAAAAUUUAAGUCUCAUCGUAGGGCAUCUAGUGAUUUUGGAACUGUUUUGAAUGGAGUUGUUGAGUUUGAAAAAGAUGAUAAAAAUGAAAGUCAAUCUUCUUUUUCUUCUUCUUCAUUGGAAUCUGGUUGCAUAUAUAGACCUAACUCACCUAGGAGCAAGGACAAGGUAUCAUCCAUUCAAGAAACUGAUGAACUUAAUAUGGAGGCUAAACCAUUUAAAAGGCACUCUGCACAAAGGUCACGAGUGCGUAAACUCAUGUAUAUAGCAGAACUAGAAACAAUUAUUGGAAAGAUGCAAAAUAUCGUGUCAGAAUUGGGUAUUAAAGUUGAUUCUCUUGUAAAACAACAUGUUUAUUUGUCAGUGGAGAACAAGCAACUAAAGCACAAGUUUUCCAGAGAGCAACAAGAAAAAUUUCCCAUGGAACAUAAGUUGUUCAUCUUUCAUAAUUCAUGCUUCAUCAGUUCAUCCUUCAUAUUUUAUUUUGUUUAA